AUGGCGGUGGCGUCAACUCUGCCUGGGCAGCUCACGGCGGUGACCGCUCUUCUUGCGCUGUCCGUGGCCAUCACGGUGUCGGCGGCCCCUGCGACUGCGAACCGGAGCAGGUGCUACAAACAUCUAUUCACCUUCGGUGACUCUCUGAUCGACACCGGCAACUUCAUCGUCCACAGCUCCACUGAUUCGGGGCCCGUCCUGGAGUUGCCAUACGGCGAGACCUUCUUCGGCCGCCCCUCCGGCCGCUGGUCCGACGGCCGCCUCGUCGUCGACUUUAUCGUGGAGAAGCUGGGGUUCCCGUACUGGCCGGCGUACCUGCAGGCGGCAGCCGGGAAGUCUCCGGCGGAGGAGUUCCGGUACGGCGCCAAUUUCGCGGUGGUGGCCGCCACGGCGCUGAGCCAGGAUUUCUUCAUGAAGAAGAAUCUCAGCGUUGACCAGUUUCCACCGAUCCUCCCCUACUCUCUCGACGUCCAGAUCGGCUGGUUCAAGAAAGUGCUCGCCGUGCUCGCCUCCACGGACCAAGAGAGGAAGGAGGUGAUGGAGAGCUCGCUGUUCCUGGUGGGGGAGAUCGGCGCCAACGACUACAACCAUCCCUUCUCGCGGAACAAGACGCUUGAAUGGGUCAGGCCCCUCGUGCCACAGGUCAUCAGCUCCAUCGCUCUGUCCAUCAAGGCCCUAAUCGAGCUGGGCGCCAAGACCAUGUUCGUGCCGGGCAUCUUCCCGCUGGGGUGCACCCCGCAGUACCUCGCACUCUUCCCCGGCGACGACCGCGACCCUGCCACGGGCUGCCUCUGGUGGCUCAACGACCUCAUCCUCCUCCACAACCACAUGCUGGAAGCAAGGCUCGAGGAGCUCCGCCGCGACCACCCCAGUGUGUCCAUCACCUAUGUCGACUCCUACGACAACGCCCUCGGCCUCGUCACCGCGCCUACACAAAACGGCAAGCCCUAGCUUCUAGCUAGAAUCCUACCAUGGCAACACAACAUGUCCAGGACGGCUUUGAUCUUACAGUAUGUAUUACGUAUUUUCGUGCUGUGCGUGUAGGGUUCGACAAAGAAACGGUGCUGGAGGCAUGCUACCCCGUCUUGAGCACCGGGCCGUCGGGGAUGCCGUGCCCGGAGCCGUCAAGGUAUGUGUCGUUCGACGGCCUGCACAUGACGGAGGCGGCGUACAGGAUCAUGGCCCGCGGAAUGCUCGACGGCCCAUUCGCCGUGCCGCCCAUCAUGUCUACAUGCAACCACGGCUGCUAGAGCUGCAUGUGUACGUAUAUAUUGCUGCCGCCAAACCUCUUCUUGGUUGGUGUCUGUUUGACUCGCGUUCUUGGUUGGUCUCUGUUUGACGCGCGGAAUAAACGUACACCAGAUUUCUAAA